CGGUAUUUUGACAACACCCAUCGUAUGAGCUUUGUGAUGAUUUAAUACAAUAACAAUAUAAAUUUUUUCCUGCGGAACGUACCGUACUGUAGCUGUAGUUACACAUCUGAAGUUGAACAGACUGAGGAAGAGAAACUUUUGCUUGAAGAAUGAAGGGCAUGUAUAAUUAAGGAGGUACUUCAAGUAACCAACACUGUGUAAUAUUGGGACAUCCUGCUGUAAUGAAGAAUAGAGAGUGAAAGCCUUCAAAGACAAAAAUCAUUAUAACUGUGGUCCAGAAGUACAGUAAAACUCCGUUGACAGCAAUGGAUAUACAGAAACCUGUUCUCAUGGGAAGACUUCUCAUUGGAAGGCAACUUGAAACUUACAACUGGCACAGAAAGAAAUUCCAUAGGUGCUGCAAGGCUAAGUAUAGGUCAGGCAAGGCUGUCAUGCUUACAAGUACUGCAUACAUGAAUAUUAUCAGCAACAGUAGUCUCCAUCAAGGACACAAGCAAUUGGCAUAUUUGAGCGCCAGAUUCCAGUCUUCUAAAGGUAAUAGUAGGAAGGAGAAUGGUAUGUCUUUGGCAACCCUUUAUCAUGCAGCUGGGUCUGUGAGCAACUCUGUACAAAGGAAGAUUGUGGAUGGAGUAUUCACUCCUGUCAUCUUGUACAGUUAUCAGCUGUUACCAAAACUCUCUAUCAGAGAUCACAAAGUGUUAAGCCAAAAGAGGGUUGACCAAGAGCGACAGAAUCUUCAACUUCAGAAUGAGAAGAUAGAUGAAAAAAGGGUGCCAAAUGUUGAAAACCACAAAAUACCUCAAAUUACUAAUCCUCCAAUUGUAGGGGAAAGACUAAAUGAAAGCAAAGCUGUAAAGUUUGACAUGCCUGAUUCAAAGAAAAAGGCUGCAGCUUACUGGGUUGAGUUGCCAUCCCUGAAGAAGUAUGCAUCUGAAAUGGGCCUCUCAGCAACACGUGUGCUUCAUCGAAAGAGAUUUGCAGAUGCCGUAGCAUCAGAGAAUCAUGCAGAGAAUAAACCUUUGAUGAAGAGCCAGUUUGAUUCAGAACAUUAUCAAUCUGAAUCACAACCCAUUAACUCAUCAGAAUGUGUAACAGACAAUAAAGAUCCCAAGCAGUUAAAUGAAAAUACUUAUCAAGAUAAUAAUGCGAGCUCUACCUCUUAUGUUCAGGACAAUGUAAAGUCUGCAGCUGAAGUUGCCCACCCAUCUUCAAGUAGUGUUUAUAAUAUCUUUAAAAAGUUUGGUUUCACAUCAUCAUCUGCAGCUGUUAGUUCAUCAUCAAUAAGUAGUGAUUCAGAUAAAGAUAUGGCAACUCAUAAAGUGACUAUGCCUAGUAAUCCUGAGAAUUCCAGAACAGCAGUGAAAUAUGAGGAUUCUGCAAGACAGAGUGCAUCAGCGUCAAGAGUGCUGUCAGAGGAAUCUGAUGAUUCAGGCAAGGAACAGGGCACAGUCUCUUACAUUUAUAACAAUUACAACCUCAAGUACAUUCAGGUAAAUCUUUUCAGGUCACCAAACUCAAUCUUAACAAUUAAGAAAAAGCAGAAACCUGUUGUUACUCUGCCUGCAAGUGAAGAAAGCACUGCGUAUUUUGAUUCAGAUAUUCCAUUAUUGGACAUGACUGAAGCUCUGAAUAGCAAGGAUGCAUCAGGAGUUGUUGGUAAUACAGGAAGCACACCAUCAGUUGUGGUUGAUAAGAGCAAGAGAUAUGCUGCUGUUGCAGACAAGAUCAAGGAGGAAAAUGCAAAGAUGAAGGCAGCUGAAGCAGACAAGCCUUCAAGAAAGAUAGUAAGACCAGUCAUCUCAAAGGCCAAUGUAGAUGCCAGGACCAAGUCUCUAGCUCAAGGAAUCACCUCUGCAACCUCUAAUGCCUCCUGUCGAAUGAAGAUUGAACGUCUGUGCAAUCACCUCAUUCAGUACCCAGAGUCGAGACAAGCUGCCAUUCAGGAAAGGCUUAUACCAACACUCCUGAAGGUAAAACAGAAGAAUAAAGAUACUGCUAUCCUUGCUCAGGUUCAUCAACUACUUGCUCAGUUGGGUUAUGCCUCUCCAGUCCAUAACAGAGGUAUCAGGAUUCUCUCUGUUGAUGGUGGAGGUUCAAGGGGUAUCAUUGCCAUUGAGAUUCUGAGAGAGCUUGAGAAACAAUCUGGCAAGCCAGUCCAUGAGAUGUUUGAUUACAUCAUUGGUGUCAGUUCAGGUGCUGUAUUAGUCUACCUAUUAGCAUAUGCCAAGGCAUCUCUUGAUGUAUGUGAACAACUCUUCAAGGAGCUUAGUGUAGAAGUCUUCAAUAGGAAUACACUACUAGGUACCAGCAAACUCUUCUUCAGUCAUGCAUUCUAUGAUACAGAUGCUUGGAUGAGGAUAUUAAGGAGUCACAUGCAUGGUCUCGGACAAAUCCCAGCUAUAGAAAUGUCACAGGAUCCAAAUUGUCCAAAGGUUGCUGCUUUAGCUACACUAAUGAAUGCAGGACCUAUCAAGAACUACCUCUUCCGUAACUACAACCCACCUCCUAAUACUACAUCCUUCUACCAAGGUUCAUCAAAGUAUCAACUAUGUGAGGGUCUUAGGGCAUCAUCAGCUGCUCCUGGUUACUUUGAAGAAUACAAACUCAAUGAUCAUGUCUUUCAGGAUGGUGGUGUACUAACAAACAAUCCCAGUGCUCUAGGCUUACAUGAGAGCAAGCUUCUAUGGCCAGACACACCCAUUCAAUGUGUGGUGUCACUUGGUACAGGACGCUAUGACCCUAUGGAAGAAGGACUAGAGUCACCAGAGUAUAGCAGUCUAAAAAAGAAGCUUUACCAGAUCAUGAUCAGUGCUACAGACACAGAAUCUGUGCACACAACCCUCCAAGACUUGCUCCCAGCUGGAUCCUACUUUCGCUUUAACCCUCUAAUGUCUGAAGACUUUCUUCUUGAUGAGAAUCGUCCAGAAAAGCUUGACCAGCUUCAGCAGGAAGCUUUAGACUUUGCGUCCAUCAACGAAUUGAGAAUCAUGCAAGCAGCUGGGGUACUGACCAGGGAGAAGUCCAGUCUUCAGAAAGCAAUGGAUUGGGUCAAACUUCAAAAGGACAUGUACCGCUGACCAGGUUCUACAAGACAUUCAAGACCUUUUGACCAUGAAAUGAAUUGAGAAUCGUGAAGCAGGUGUCCCAUGCUCUGUACAUCAUAUUGCUUUGCAGUUUAUGGGAAAUUGCAAUGUCUUAAAACUGUGUUUAGUUAUUAUUUUUAUUACCAAAUUAAUUCAUCCAAUUUUUCAUUGGUGUUCUAAGAGGGUAUGAUUUGCAAACUCAUAAGACACAAUAAGAUUGGUGAGCAGAACCCUACUGUAAGGUUAGUGUGGAAUGCACUUACACAUUAGAUUAAUUAUAUCACAGGUCUGACGAUAGCAAUAAUGAUAAUGCAGUUCUUGUAUUACCGCAUAUCACAUGAAUGUCCCUAAGCUCUUCCAAAGGACUUGGAUAUUGUUACCCUGGCUGUAGCCUUGCUUCCUUUUACAGCGCGGAAGCUUUUCAGGAGUAAAUACUGGUUUACCUCACCUAGGUUGAGCGAGGAAAAUGUGGAGAAUUUUUUGCCAAAUGAAAUUAUGCCAUGACUGGGAUUCGAACCCCUCUGUUGCAAAGUCAGAAGACCAAUCCACUGGGCCACAAUGCUUAACAUGAUAUGUAUAUAUUCAGUUUUCCUACUCUAUUAACAGAGCUAUCAUGAAAAUUUUAAUAGACUGCCUCACACUGUAUAACCUGCUAUGGUGUGAUUUCAACUAUUCACAGAGAAAUAUGUUUUUUUUUUGUACAUGUAGGUUUUGAAUCAUCCUUAAUAGAUUGAAUUGGAAUUGGGCAUCAUUCAUCAUUUCUUGUAUACCACCUUAUAUGAAAGGCAAUAUAUUGGUUCUAAAUUGUAACAACAUCAAAGCAGUCAUGUGAUUUGAAUUCAAUUUGGCGUCUGUUCAGGAUGAAGGAUCAACUUUUCACAAAUUUAUAUUUAGAAUAUUGUUUUAAAACAUAAAUUGAGAUUUGACAGUACAAAAGGGGUAAUCUAAUGCUUUCUGGGUUUAUUACCAAAAUCAAAUUGCUGUUUACAGAGUGGGGUGGGUUUAAUAUUGCAGAAUACAAUAUAAUUUAUCAGUGGCGUACGCAGGGGGGGGGGGGGGGGGGUUGAAGAGGUUCAAACCAACCCCUUAAAUUUUGUUGAUACCCAACCCCCCUAAAAUUGUUUUGAUUAUCUUUUUUUUUCUGGUCCACGAAACGACCUAAAAUUUGCGGUGAAGACCUUUUUUUUCCUUCUAAAUUUGUUAUGGGGUAGUAAACGAUGUAAAAUUGAUGGUAAAGACUUUUUUUUUUGGGGGGGGCGGGUUGUCAACAUUUCAAUCAGCUUGAAACCCCCCCUUUAAAAAAUGAAAUCCUGCGUACGCCACUGUAAUUUACCUCCAUUCAAGUACAUUGUAAUUAAGUUUAUUUAAGGAUUUCAUGAUAUAAAUCUCGAAUCCACAACUUAUGGAACUAUUGUUGCAGUCCUAGAGUGGCUAAGGGGUCAUUAAACAUAAAAAGAAAAGCGCAUACAUUGUAUGUGGUAGAUUGUACUACAAAGGUUCAUUUUUGGCAAUCAAUUAGUGAGGAUGAGUGAUUCAUUCUACUGUGAUGUAUGUGAUUGUACCAGUAUGCUAUACUUACAUUGUUAGAUGUGAUGCAAAUCCUCUGCACCAGUGACCUUGAGUCAUACUAGUGCAGACUUAAGCAUACACACUCUUUAACAGGAGGAUUGUUUAAGAUCAGUGGGAAUUAAAAGAGUUUAUUUCAUUAAUAUUUUUGUGAAUUUUAAUUGUUUAAAAAGUGAAAACACAGUUCAGCAAGGCCCUUGGGAUGAUAAAACUGAAAAUAUCUUAGCAAAUUUUUUAUAUUUUAAGUUAUGAAAACCCCUUAACAAUACAAUACUUUGAUCAGGGCUUUACAUUUUAUAUAUUAUAAAAUUUUGAUAUAUAUUUACUGGUAACUUCAAGAAAGUAUUACAAGUAUUUUAUCCUUUGAUAUUUAAAAAAAAUAUAAUAUUACAGUAUAUUAUUAAAAGUAACAAAUAUUGUGUAUUGGAAUGCCAGAACAAAUGUAUGACAGGCCAGUGUACACUGAUUGGUUUUUCAUGUUUUGACAUCCCACUGAAGGAAAACUGCUUGAUUCUUAAAGAUAAGAAUAUAUAUGUACAUGCAUGUAUUAAAGUCUUGUUUGUUCAAUUGUAGAGUUAACAUGUAAAUGCAAGGUUGUCGCAUGUCCAUUAUUACAUUUUCAAGACCAAUUCAUGUGCUUAUGUUCUAAAAUCUUAAAUAACUUGAAACCAUUUCCCAUGGCUAUGUUCAUCCCCCCCCAAAAAAAACGAUGUGAGUUCUACUACAAUUUGUACAAAUAUGUCAAGUGUAGUUGAGGAUUGGAUAAUUUCCUUUCAUGUGCUGCUAUCCCUUGAGACUUCAUUGCCAUACUGUAUAUAAAUGUCAUUUAUAGACAAGUAGCAGUCUUUUCAUAGUGGUAGAGCUACAUCAUGCUGCAAUUAUUAUAUAUUUUAUGUGAAGACAUCAAGUUGCCAACUCCUUAGACCUAUACAUUUUGCCAGAAAUCCUGUUAUGUAUAUACAUAUAUUUUAUGCAUGUUGCUUCUAUUUUACAAAGGUACAUCUUUGUAUUGUUAAUAUUUUCCCAUACUGCAUAUAACAGUGUAUACAUGUAAAGUGUAAUGACCAGUGGAAAUCCUCAAUGUUUCAUGUAAUAAGAGUGUCUGUUCUUGUACAAAUAUAUGUAGAGAUAAAUAUUUUUGUGAUUGACAUUUAAGUAUUUGAUUACUCUUUUCUCCCAAAUUAAUGGAAUGGUAAAUCCAGGAAUCAGAACUUUCUAAUAAUCUUCAAAUUGUUGCAAUAUUUUGCUUAACCAGGACAAAAGCUUCAAAACUAAAAAUGGUUUGAAAAUCUUUUAUAACACAUUGUGUGUGUCUAUUCCAUUAACGAAUCUGAGCAAAAAAGGAGGUUACUCAGUAUAUAAUAUAUGUGAUUUAUUACAUUUGUAUCAUGGGAUUGUUUUAUUUUUAAGGAGAGUUUAAUUGUGCAAUUUUGCUUCUUAUUUCUGUAUUAUAUUUUCAGAUCAAUGACUGAUCUGAUUAUGGACACAAAUGAAUCAAGAUAAUUUAUUGCAAAAUAUAGUACUAAAAACACACACAAAAAAAACAAGAUUCUGUUGAGUUAAAGAUGAAUUUCAAAAAUAUACAUUUUAUUGUUCUACAUAAUCUAUAAGAUUGUGAACAAUAACACAAGGUUAUACAAUGUUUUAUGUACAGUAAGUAAAAACUCAUUUAGACAUGAAUAUAUAUGUUGAUUGAAGCUUAAAUAUAUAAAACUUAAUAGUAAUUCA